AUGAAAGCUCCCUCGGGAGGGUUUUGUUGGGAGAAGUGAUGAACUUACAGGAUACAUGCAGUUGGAAACUUGGCUUUUGGCAAACAUACAAGCCUUUGCCUUUCUGUGCUUGGUAGAGGCCGCUGUUUUUGAACUGGAUUCUGGCUGGAGGGUAAAAUCUUAUGUCAGAAUAAGUGGGUGCUAAGUUGAACUUUUAUUAUCAUCAGCUAAUGGCUAACAUUAUUAACCAAGUAUGGCUGACCACUGGGAAAGUGUCACUGGAGAAAGAGCCAAAUGACGUAUGAACUAGAUAUUUGUGGACAUCAAACACUCAAUCAAGCUGAAUGAAGCCAGGCUGACCAGUAAACAAAACGAAUGAAUAUACCCCCUCAAUAAGAAGCGAUACUAUGUGAUGCUUAUGCAAAGGAGCAGGUGUUCCAAGCAAUGAAGAAAAGGGCAAAUUCCUCCCCCAGAUACUGAUGCAAGCCCAAAGAAAAGCAAUGAGCUCACCCUGUGGAGCACUCACCAUGUUUUCAUCCCACAGAUGCUGUUUCAGAGAUCAUCACAAAGAGAAGACUCAAUGCACACAAUGAUCGAAACAUCGCCGUGGAAGGAAGAGGACCGGCGAAGCGGGCUGGUGUGUGACAGCAGCGGGGCCAGCCGUGCCGCACCGUCCCGGCGGUGGGAUGCGCACGGAGAAGCUGCGUGCGAAAACGACCCUGAAGCAGCGGAAAGCGGCCGUACGGGAUCCGUUGCAAAAUGUGAAAAUGAAGGGGAAAUUCUACAGAUACCAUUUAUCACAGACAACCCUUGUAUAAUGUGUGUUUGCCUGAAUAAGGAAGUGACAUGCAAAAGAGAGAAGUGUCCCAUGCUUUCCAAGGAGUGUGCUCUCGUCAUUAAGCAGAGAGGAGCUUGCUGUGAACGCUGCAAAGAUUGCAGUUUUGGAGGAAAGAUAUACAACAGCUCUAUGAAAUGGCACCUCCCUAACAAUCCCUGUAUUACAUACCAGUGCCAGGAGGGAGUGAUAAUAGAGUCAGAGGUACAGUGUGUUGUUCACUGCAAAAACCCAUCCAAAGUUGCGGGGAUGUGUUGUCCUAUCUGUCCAGGUUGUAUAUUUGAAGGGAGACAUUACAAUGAAGGAGAAGAAUUUAGGCCUGAAGGAAAUAAAUGUACCAAAUGCUCUUGUAUUGGUGGCAGGACACAGUGCAUCCAGGAAGUCUGCCCCAUUCUCUCAUGUCCCCAGCACCUCAGUCACACUCCUGCUGGACAGUGUUGCCCCAAAUGCUUAGGACAGAGGAAAGUGUUUGACCUCCCAUUUGGAAGCUGCCUCUUUCACAGCAACGUGUAUGAUAAUGGGUCCUCAUUUAUUUAUGACAACUGCACAAUGUGUACAUGCAAGGACUCAACAGUGAUAUGUAAGAAGAGGUGCUUACUUCCUGGAGAAUGCAAUAAAAACAAAGAUCAUUGCUGCAAGGAAUGUAUCUCCUAUAUCUUUCCUGAGGAAGAGAAAGUGUGCAAGUUUGGUAAUAAAAUAUUCCAGGAUGGAGAGAUGUGGUCCUCUGUGAACUGCACCAUCUGUGCUUGUGUGAAAGGCAAGACAGAAUGUCACAAGAAGCAGUGCAUUCCAGUCAGCAGCUGUCCUCAAGGUAAAAUCCUGAACAGAAAAGGAUGCUGUCCUAUUUGCACUGAAAAGCCUGGAGUUUGCACUGUCUUUGGAGACCCUCACUACAACACUUUUGAUGGACGGACAUUUAACUUUCAGGGAACAUGUCAGUACGUUUUGACAAAAGACUGCUCCUCCUCUGCCUCACCCUUCCAGGUGCUGGUAAAAAACGAUGCCCGUCGGACCCGUUCUUUCUCCUGGACAAAGUCAGUGGACCUUAUGUUGGGCAGAAGUACUAUCAGCCUCCAGCAGCACCUCACAGUGAAGUGGAAUGGGACCCGCAUCUCACUACCUUGCGAGACACCUCAAUUUCAAAUCGAUUUGGAUGGUUAUUUGCUGAAAGUGACAACCAAAGCAGGCUUGGAAAUCUCAUGGGAUGGAGACAGUUUUGUGGAAGUCAUGGCCGCACCACAUCUGAAGGGCAAACUCUGUGGUCUGUGUGGCAACUACAAUGGGCACAAGCGAGAUGACCUAAUUGGGGGGGAUGGGAAUUUUAAAUUUGACGUGGAUGACUUUGCUGAAUCGUGGCGUGUGGAGUCCAAUGAGUUCUGCAAUCGUCCGCAGAGGAAACCUGUGCCUGAGCUCUGCCAUGGGACAGUCAGAGUGAAACUCCGGGCUCACCGGGAAUGCCAGAAGCUCAAAGCCUGGGAGUUUCAGGGCUGUCAUUCAACGGUGGAUUAUACAACUUUUUACCGGUCCUGUGUGACAGACAUGUGUGAGUGUCCAGUUCAUAAAAACUGCUAUUGUGAGUCAUUCCUGGCCUAUGCCCGAGCCUGUCAGCGAGAAGGGUUGAAAGUCCAGUGGGUGCCUGAGCAGCACUGUGCAGCAACCCAGUGUAAACAUGGUGCAGUUUAUGAUACCUGUGGUCCAGGAUGUGUCAAAACAUGUGACAACUGGAAUGAGAUUGGACCAUGCAACAAGCCCUGCAUUGCAGGGUGCCACUGUCCAGCAAAUCUAGUUCUUCACAAAGGAAGAUGCAUCAAACCAGUCCUAUGCCCACAGCGAUGACAUUUGUUCUCUCUCAGCGGACACUAACGUGGGUGUCACUGACCCCCCUGAUGCUCACAGCCAGUGAAGGACUACAGCUGUUUGUGUGCAGAUUCUGCAAUGUACACGUCUACUCACAGAGUGUAAAUAUGGUCCUGUGUGUGUAUUUAUGUUUGUUUAUGUAUACACACAUGGCACCGACAAAAAUAAAUGUAUACUGUGUGUAUGUAGACACACAUAUCUAUACACAAGUGCCCUAAGCAUAAUUACAACCCAUAUAUUUAUAUAUAUGUACACACACACAAAUAUACAUCAUUUCUAUAUAUCACAGAAGGAUGAAAUAUUAUAUGUAUAUUUUUUGCUAUAAACUUUAUGUAUUAUUAUUUCUAAAACCCUAAUCUGUAAGUCAUUGUAUAAAUAAACCAGGUGUUUUUAAUAUAAUAUAGUGGCAUGAAAAGAUUGGUUGACUUUGCCAUUGCACGAGUUUGUCAUUUCCAAGGAAACUUUUCUAGGGCCACAGCAUUGCCAGACUGGAUUAGUUUCAACACAGAACCUGGAUUUACAGUUGUACAGGAAACACAUUUCUCUGGGGAUGGAGGAUUUAUCUAGGAAUAUUUAAUGCGUACCUUAGAGCUGCAUAGUGAUUGGUGACAGCGCUUAAUCACACAGAGAAAGCUAGGGAUCAGCUUUUAUGCUUUACUGAAAUAACUAUGCAAAAGGAUUUCCAAAGCUGAUUGGCCAAGUGCCAGCAGAGAGAGAUUUCUUUCUGGAAUGCCACCAAGAGUCAAGGGCCAGAUUUUCAAAAGUGUUCAACACCCAGCAGCCUGCUUUGAAAAUUUGACCACUUCCCAUUUCAUAUCCUAAUACCCCGUCUAUGUUGUCGUGCUUGGCAGUAGCUGUGAAUACACAAUAAGGAACUUGAAGAAAAUAUUCAUGCACGUUUUAUCCCCUUUAGCAUGUUCUAAAUUGCUGGGUUUGUUUCGUAUUCCACUGUGAAUUGGAGUUUUUGAUUUCAGUGUGCCUUAAAACAUGAAAUAAUGCUGGGUUUAGUAACACAUUUUUUCUAUCAGCAUCGUUAAGAAAAAAGACAAAUUCUCCCUUUCAAAAAAACAUUAGAGAAUGUCAGAUGCUAAUUGGAGAACUGCAAUUUAUUUCCUUACUGGUCUUUUGCUUGAGGUUUACGAACAUAUGGGCUCUGUGAAGUUUGCAUGACUUUUGAAGUCUCCCAGGGGAGAAGCAGUAAUAUGGGAUUUCAUUAGAAACUGUUAAAAAAGCCAUACAAUUUUCUCAAGCCUGAAGGGGGGGGGAGCAAUUUUUCUUCCACUGGAAAAACCUCUUGUAGAGCCUGAUGGAAUGUUCUCUUGAGAUGAUAGAAAUCUUCAGGCAUCCGAUUGAGGUUUAUAAUGAAGUAAUAUUCUCCCACACAGCCACUUUCAUUAUGCCUUACAUUGAAAUUGCACAUUGUAAUGCUUUGAACAAUUUUCCCCUUUAAUUCUUCGCCCUCCAGGAAGCCUUGCAGGGUCUGAGUUUGCAGUGAGUGUGUGGGUACAACAUGUUUUGGGUUAUACAGCCUGUCUGCAAUCCUGUCUUGGAGGAAGAUGCUGAGUGAGCAUGGGUACCGUAGGCACCACGCUGUUUAAAAUGCUGUACCACCACAGUGUUAAAAAGAGCUGGGCAAAUAAUGCCAGGAGCAUUCCACAGAUGUUUGUCCAAAUCUUGAAUAAACUCAGCUUGCUCUUUUUA